AUCUCAUUCACAAGCUUUUUCUGUCUUUAGGUUUUCAAUUCAUUUUAUGGGAAAAUCGCUGCCCGGCGCAACCAAGCUUCAACAUCUCGCAAAGGUCACCGGCGCCGCCCACCAUCUGAACACAACUGGGAAAAACCCAAAACCCACUACUCUGAACCGGCGGAUUAUAGGUGAAGACAACAAACCCAAUUCCAAGAAGAAGAUGGAGAGCUCCAGUGCCAGUCAACGCCUCCCACUUUCCGAAGUCGUCUCCGAUUGCGUUAAGCGUUGGUUCAAAGAUAGUCUCAAGGAAGCCAAAGCCGGGGACGUUAACAUGCAGGUUCUUGUCGGUCAAAUGUAUUAUAGCGGCUAUGGGGUUCCCCGAGAUGCCCAAAAGGGAAGAAUUUGGAUGACAAGGGCGUCGAGGCUGCGGUCUUCAGUUUGGAAAGUCAGCCAUAAGCAUCCAGGUUAUAAUGCGAGUGAUUCAGAUUCGGAUGAAAUCAAGGGUGAUUCUUGAGUUUAACAUACUUGGUCUCUGCAUUUCGAACAUUUAGAAUCCUCGCAUUUUUCACUGCGCUGAAGAUUGUAUAAAGAAUAGUCAUAAGUUCUGUUGCUGCUAGUUUGGUCACACAAUUAAGUCUCUAUCCCUGACUUUUGGGUGUGUAUUUGACCAGAGAGUGCUGAAGUUGCACAUUUUAUAUUCUUAGGUUUAGGACUCGGUCCUGUUAUGUAAUCAUUGAGCAUGGAUAAUUUGUAAUCUAGUUAUUUCAUAUUAUUUGCUACAAAUUCACCCAAAUCUGCACAUGUUCUGUGAUGAAACUAUUUAUAUUGUAGGUUUGGACUAUGGUCAGUCUAGACUAUUUUCGUACCUAAAUUCAUAUUCUUCUGUUA